AUGAUUAAAAUUUUUAUUAGUAAUAUAGGCUUUGGUAUAACUUCUCCAGAUGCACUUAUACGCCUUAAAAAAUAUGGAACUAUUAUUAGAAAUGAUAAAAAUAAACGUUUCAAUGCGGAUGAACUUGCUUCAUGUGUUGCUAAUUGUGAUAUACUGAUCGCUGGAACUGAACCUAUAACAAAAAAAGUUUUUGAUAAAGCUUCUUCUUUACGUUUAAUUGGAAGAGUUGGCGUGGGAUUAGAUAAUAUUGAGCUUGAAGCUGCAAAACACAAAAAGACCACUAUUAUAUAUACACCUGAUGCUCCAUCUUAUGCAAUGGCUGAAUUUACAUUAUCUUUAAUGCUUAAUCUUAUUAAAAAUAUAUCUAUUAUCAAUAAUUAUAUGCAUAACGGACAAUGGAUGAGGUUUUAUGGGAAGCAAUUAUCCUCUCUAACAAUAGGUAUUAUAGGUGUUGGACGGGUUGGUAGAAAGGUAAUUAGCCUUUUAAAAUCUUCUUUUCCAAAUCUAAAAAUACUUAUGUAUGAUCCCUAUAACGUUGAAAAUAUUGAAGGAGUAGAUAGAUGUUCAUUGAUACACCUUAUUAAAAAAACCGAUAUUGUCUCAUUACACUUGCCUAGAACUUUAGAAACUACUCAUUUAUUAAAUAAGAAUAAUAUUUUUAAAAUGAAAAAAGGCUCUUAUUUAAUAAACACAUCAAGGGGAGAAGUUGUAGACGAGAAGAUUCUUUAUGAUGCAUUAAAGAGUGGUCAUCUUGCAGGAGCGGCUCUGGAUGUAUUUGAACAAGAACCUUAUAUGGGCCCCUUAAAAGAAAUAAAUAAUUGCAUUCUAACAUCUCAUAUAGGAUCAAUGACUUAUGAAGCACGUGCUUUAAUGGAAAAACAACUGGUUGAUGAUGUAAUAAAUUUUAUUACUGGUCAAACUCUUAAAUACCCUGUUCCAAAUUUUGAUUUUAGCAAGGAAACAUGA